CGUUUCUACUUAAGACUCCACCGUGCUCAAGUCUCUCUCUCCUAAACAUCUUCCGUUCAUCAACCACGAUCUCGACCUUGGGAACGGGCCACUACAUCACACCAUACAUUAGAUUAGAUCUGCAUGUUACUUGCAUACAGACAAUUGUGGCUUUCAAUUUAAUUCUUCUAUCUGAACCUUGCUUGAUCGCACCUCAAUUCUUCGUCGCUUCUCUUUACCGCCUCUCGGGUCUCAAGUGCCCCGACCUUCACGAUGUAUGUUAAGAAGCGUGACGGACGCCAAGAGCGCGUUCAAUUCGACAAGAUCACAGCUCGUGUCUCGAGGCUAUGUUACGGUCUAGACACAGACCAUGUCGAUCCAGUUGCCAUCACCCAGAAAGUUAUCUCUGGUGUCUAUGGAGGUGUUACCACAGUACAGCUUGACGAUCUCGCAGCCGAGACCGCCGCAUACAUGACUGUUACCCACCCAGACUACGCUAUCCUUGCUGCACGUAUUGCAGUGUCAAACCUCCACAAGCAGACCAAGAAGCAAUGGUCUUCGGUCAUCAGUGAUCUCUACCAUUAUGUCAACCCUAAGAACAGGACGCCCUCUCCUAUGAUCUCCCAGGAGACAUACGAAUGUGUCAUGAGACACAAGGAGGACUUCGACUCUGCCAUUGUCUAUGACAGAGACUUCAACUACCAGUACUUCGGCUUCAAGACAUUGGAGCGAUCAUACCUACUCAAGCUCAAUGAGAAGAUCGUCGAGCGACCGCAGCACAUGAUCAUGCGUGUGGCUGUUGGUAUCUGGGGUGACGAUGUAGAGAAGGUUAUUCAAACCUACAACUUGAUGUCGAGCAAAUAUUUCACACAUGCUUCGCCUACACUUUUCAACGCUGGAACACCCCAAGCACAACUAUCGUCCUGCUUCCUCGUUGACAUGAAGGACGAUAGCAUUGAGGGUAUCUAUGACACUCUCAAGACCUGUGCCAUGAUCUCCAAGAUGGCUGGUGGUAUUGGUCUCAACAUCCACCGCAUUCGUGCCACUGGUUCAUACAUUGCUGGCACCAACGGUACCUCGAACGGAAUUGUACCCAUGCUGCGUGUCUUCAAUAACACUGCAAGAUACGUUGACCAGGGUGGCAACAAGAGACCCGGUGCUUUUGCCAUCUACCUUGAACCUUGGCACUCGGAUGUUUUUGAGUUCCUUGAUCUUCGCAAGAACCACGGCAAGGAGGAGGUCCGUGCUCGUGAUCUCUUUUUGGCUCUCUGGAUUCCCGAUCUUUUCAUGAAACGUGUUGAGAAGAACGGCGAAUGGACCCUCAUGUGUCCCAACGAAUGCCCUGGCCUAGCUGAUGUCUAUGGCGACGAGUUUGAGGCCCUAUAUGAGAAGUAUGAGGCAGAGGGCCGCGGCCGUCAGAAGAUUAAGGCCCAAAAGCUAUGGUAUGCUAUCCUUGAGGCUCAGACUGAGACUGGCAACCCCUUCAUGCUCUACAAGGACCACUGCAACCGCAAGAGCAACCAGAAGAACCUCGGUACUAUCCGCAGUUCCAACUUGUGCACUGAGAUUGUCGAGUACUCGGCCCCCGACGAGGUGGCAGUCUGCAACUUGGCAUCCCUUGCGCUGCCGUCGUUCGUUGACUAUAAUGAGGGCAACUACGACUUCCAGAAGCUCCACGAGGUUGUCCAGGUGGUCGUUCACAACCUGAACAGAAUCAUCGACGUGAACUUCUACCCUGUUCCGGAGGCCCGCAACAGCAACAUGCGACACCGGCCCAUCGGUCUUGGUGUUCAGGGUCUUGCCGAUACGUUCUUGGCACUACGUAUGCCUUUCGAGUCGCCAGAGGCCAGGCAGUUGAAUAAGCAGAUCUUCGAGACCAUGUACCACGCUGCUUUGACUGCGUCUUCGGAUAUCGCUAAGGUCGAUGGCCCUUACUCCACCUAUGAGGGUUCGCCUGUCUCGCAGGGUAUCCUCCAAUAUGACAUGUGGAACGUCACUCCCUCAGAUCUCUGGGACUGGACUAGCCUCAAGGAGAAGAUCAAGCAGACCGGUAUCCGUAACAGCUUGUUGAUGGCGCCUAUGCCCACGGCUAGCACUUCCCAGAUUCUAGGUAACAACGAGUGCUUCGAGCCUUACACCUCGAACAUCUACUCUCGUCGUGUCCUUGCUGGCGAGUUCCAGGUCGUCAACCCCUGGCUCCUGAAGGAUCUGGUCGACAUGGGUCUCUGGUCUGAUGGUAUGAAGAACCGUAUUAUUGCCGAGGGUGGUUCGAUUCAGAACAUUCCCAACAUCCCUGCGGAUAUCAAGGCUCUCUACAAGACCGUCUGGGAGAUUUCUCAGCGAACUGUCGUCCAGAUGGCCGCCGACCGUGGUGCUUUCAUCGACCAGUCCCAAUCGCUCAACAUUCACAUGAGAGAGCCUACUAUGGGCAAGAUCACCAGCAUGCAUUUCACCGGUUGGAAGCUUGGCCUGAAGACUGGCAUGUACUAUCUUCGUACCCAAGCUGCUGCUGCGCCCAUCCAGUUCACAGUAGACCAAGAAGCUCUCAAGGUUGCGGACUCGAACGCAGCCAAGUCGGGUGGCCUAAAGAAGCGAGCCCCUCCCGGAAACUAUAACUCCUCCGCUUCCACAGGCAUGUCUAGACCUGCGUAUGCCAAGAGGGAGGACUCGAGCAACAGUCUUGCGGCGUCGGGUCCUAAUGGGAUCCCGACUCCUAGCACUACUCCCCCUCCUGUUUCCGUAACCCGACCGGCUGCUUCACCGAAUAAGGCUGCACCUUUCAAGGCAGAUGUUGAUGAGGGUGAGAGUCCCAAGGCCCUAGCCACCGAACCAUCUGAGAAGAUCAAGGACGAGGAACUUCCUGAGCCCGCUAUCGAUGGUCAGAAGGCUAGCCAGGAUGAAGACAAGGAGGACAAGAGCAAAGAGCGUGAGUAUGACAUCUACGCUGAUGCCGUCCUAGCUUGCAGCAUUGAGAACCCAGAAGCUUGUGUUAUGUGCAGUGGUUAAAGGGUCUUACGAGAUGAAGUGAUGAUGAUACGUAGCUGAUGAUGGACAUAAUGGAAGUUCGGUUGCUUCAGACCCAGCCUGCCUGGUGCAUUGCCUGGGCCUCGCGGAGAAGCAAGACAGGAAGUGCUACGCAUCGACACGGUUGUAUAAUGACGGGGUUCAUAGGGCAUUUAAUCAGCUCUUGCGCAUGAGUUUUGUAUGAGCUUUGUAUGAUACUUCUCGACGUUUUCUGACGCGUUGUCCCUCGCGUAAUCAUGAGAUGCCUAAUUGCGCAUCCAACGGUGGCUUAUGCCCGCCAUCUUUUCCUGCGGGAUGAAAUCAAUAAAAAUAUGAUAAUGAGU